CCUGAUCAUUUCAAUAAUAAUAAUAAUACUAGACUUCAUUGAGGGGAGCUCUGAACCCCAGGACUGGGUGCAGCAGCAGCAGCAGGGCUAGAAUGAGUUUCUAACCCUGCUCAAACUCCAGGCUCCUGAUUAUUUCAAUAUUAAUAAUAAUAAUAACAGACUUCAUUGAGGGGAGCUCUGAACCCCAGGACUGGGUGCAGCAGGGUUAGUAAAUGUUUCUAAGUCUGGCUAAAGCCUAUACAAGGGAGGGGGUAAGUUGGCUGUGAUUUGCCCCUGGGGGCGAAUACAGACCAGGGAGGUAAAUCUGUUUCAAAUGAUAUUGUGACACACUACUGAGUGAUGAUGAUGAUGAUUAUGAUGAUGAUUAUUAUUAUUAUGAUUAUGUUUUUUUUACGGAUCUCAUUUAAGGAGAUAUGUUCUGAAUUGUUUAAUUGAGGUUUUAAACCUGCUUUCCUCUCUACAUGAUGUACUUGUGAUGUAAACCCGCGUGCGGUACGUUCUCGAGUGACGUGGUUAUUUCGCUCGUGUGGGAACAUGCAGGAAUCUACACAAACACAUUAAAAAUAAAGACCAUGUGACCGGAUAUCAGGCAGCUCAAGGAUCGUUUCUGUCGGUUUUUUAAAAAAAACAUCUUUGCGAAACCGAUUCAAACACGUGUGCAGUUUGAGUGAAGCUACACUGACAAAGACACUCGAGUCGAUCAGCUGAUCGAAAAAGUAAAAAUUGUAAAAAAAAACCAAACAAACAAAAACUAUACUAGACACACACAGGAAGAGGAUCUGCUUGGCACGCAUUAUAAACACUUACAAAAAAAGUGUCGUGUGUCCAGCACGGUCGAGAACAAGCAUUGAACCCCAAAUGCAAACAUACAGACAGGCCGCUCUGGGAUUGUUCAAACAAGAACAUAAGAGAAUAAGAAAGUUUACAAACGAGAGGAGGCCCCAUUCAGCCCAUCUUGCUGGUUUGGUUGUUAGUAGCUUAUUGAUCCCAGAAUCUCAUCAGCAGCUUCUUGAAGGAUCCCAGGGUGUCAGCUUCAACAACAUUACUGGGGAGUUGGUUCCAGAGCCUCACAAUUCUCUGUGUAAAAAAGUGCCUCCUAUUUUCUGUUCUGAAUGCCCCUGUAUCUAAUCUCCACUUGUGACCCCCUGGUCCUUGUUUCUUUUUUCAGGUCAAAGAAGUCCCCUGGGUCGACAUUGUCUAUACCUUUUAGGAUUUUGAAUGCUUGAAUCAGAUCACCGCGUAGUCUUCUUUGUUCAAGACUGAAUAGAUUCAAUUCUUUUAGCCUGUCUGCAUACGACAUGCCUUUUAAACCCGGGAUAAUUCUGGUCGCUCUUCUUUGCGCUCUUUCUAGAGCAGCAAUAUUCUUUUUGUAACGAGGUGACCAGAACUGAAAUAAAGGCACGACUCCUACAGAUCAAAUGGGGGCUCAAAAGACAGAGAAAGAGCGCCCCCUGCAGUCUGUAGCAGAUUUAAAGCAAGGAGACCGACUCCAUGCACACGCCGCUGCGGAAUGCAAACGUGUCAUGUGACCGGGUCAGGUGAUAAGAAGGGGUGCAGUGACGUAAUAAACAGGGACGUGCGGUUUUUAAAGACACGUGGUGUUUUUUUUUUUCAAAGAGAACAACAUCAACAUCAAAAGCCAGAAGUAGAAAAAGAAAAAUACUUACAUGCACCAGGUGACGUUAAAAAAACUCGACGCUGCGUCCUUCGAAAGCCUCUUCCCAGCCAGAGACGCCAACUUCAACUCGACAACUUUCAUCCUUCAUUCUUCAAACCGGACUCUACAGCAGCUGCUAAACAGACUCCCGUGUGCUGCCAUGGACAGUGUGAAGAUGGAGUCUGUCCAGAUUAAAGAGGAGUUCCCUGAACUUGAACUUGUCCCCAUUACAGUGGAGUUCUCUGGGCUGGCUUCCCUCCCCAUUAAACAGGAGCUCUGUGAGAUGCAAUGUGACAGCAGCCAGCCAGAGGUCUCCGAGAUUAAAGCUGAGCACAAUGAAUUGGAGAUCCCCCAGACAGAAGAACCCCUUCCUGUGAAACAAGAAGAGGUGCUGGAAACUGUCCUUAUUAAACGGGAGCCCCCUGAAGUAGAGUUUGAGCACAUGGAACCAAGGAAGGAAGAAUCCGAGGACUUCAAACCAAACACCCCUGAGCUGGAGCCUGUACGCCUGCGGGAGUGUAGCGUGGUGCUGGAGAGAAUCUGCGUGAGAGAGCAAGGCGCUGGAGAGGAAGGCUCUCCCAACAGCACGCAAGGAGGUGGAAAGGAAGACGGGCGCUCCCAUUCAGAAUGCAGUCUAUCAGGUUCCAGUCCAGCAGCUAAAGCGAGGGCGGGCGCUGGAGAAUAUCCUGACUGUGGGAAAGGUUUGACCCAGUUAAGGACUUUUAAAACACACCAGAGAACUCACACAGGAGAGAAACCGUAUCGUUGCUCUGACUGUGGGAAGAGGUUCAGUCAGUCAGACAGCCUUGAAACACACCAGCGAACUCACACAGGAGAGAAACCGUAUCGCUGCUCUGACUGUGGGAAGAGGUUCAGUAGAACGGACAGCCUUGUUUCACACCAGCGAACUCACACAGGAGAGAAACCGUAUCGCUGUUCUGACUGUGGGAAGAGGUUCAGUCACUCAGUAUCCCUGAAAGCACACCAGCGAACUCACACAGGAGCGAAACCGUAUCGCUGCUCUGACUGUGGGAAGAGGUUCAAUCAGUCAGGACACCUGAAAGCACACCAGCGAACUCACACAGGAGCGAAACCGUAUCGCUGCUCUGACUGUGGGAAGAGGUUCAAUCAGUCAGGACACCUGAAAACACACCAGCGAACUCACACAGGAGAGAAACCGUAUCACUGCUCUGACUGUGGGAAGAGUUUCAGUCUGUCAGGACACCUUGUUUCACACCAGCGAACUCACACAGGAGAGAAACCGUAUCGCUGCUCUGACUGUGGGAAGAGUUUCAGUCACUCAGGGCAGCUUGUUUUACACCAGCGAACUCACACAGGAGAGAAACCGUAUCGCUGCUCUGACUGUGGGAAGAGGUUCAGUAGAACGGACAGACUUGUUUCACACCAGCGAACUCACACAGGAGAGAAACCGUAUCGCUGCUCUGACUGUGGGAAGAGGUUCAGUAGAACGGACAGCCUUGUUUCACACCAGCGAACUCAUACAGGAGAGAAACCGUAUCACUGCUCUGACUGUGGGAAGAGGUUCAAUCAGUCAGGACACCUUGUUUCACACCAGCGAACUCACACAGGAGAGAAACCGUAUCGCUGCUCUGACUGUGGGAAGAGGUUCAGUAGAACGGACAGACUUGUUUCACACCAGCGAACUCACACAGGAGAGAAACCGUGUCGCUGCUCUGACUGUGGGAAGAGUUUCAGUAAUUUAGGAAGCCUGAAGGGACACCAGCGAAUUAUUCAUACAGGAGAGAAACCGUAUCGCUGCUCUGACUCUGGGAAGAGGUUCAGUAGAACGGACAGCCUUGUUUCACACCAGCAAACUCACAAGAAAUGGUAAACCUGUACGCUUCGUUCAGGGUUAAACCUCUUCCACACAUUGUAAUUGCUGUAAGAACCCAAUGUUACGAAGAACAAAGCCUUCAGUGUUUUUUCUGUGUUGACCAGUCCUGUAUAUAAUCACAGAAGGGUUUUGUCCACUCUCUCCCAAUGCAGGAGUUAGGAUGUGUUGCAAUGGGAAUGUACUGACUCAUGCUGGAGGCUCAUUGCACCAUUAUUAAAAUACAAGAUGCAGUGUUCAGUGUCAUAAGAGAA